UCCUCUCCCAUCCCCGCCCGUCCUUUAGUUCACUCCAAGAAUCUUCAAGGCGGGAGACCACUCACAAAUCUGGACGACACCUUCUCUCCCGCGCUCUCUCAUUUCACUGCUGAACUCAGCAGCAUGGUCACAUGCAGUUCCUAGGUACUGUAUCAAGGAGCCUGCAAUAACGCGUCUACACUCAGCAAUCGAUAAUCCAUCAGUUAUGCAGAGGCAUUGUCAGCAUCUAGACCGUUUCCAAGUCGCUCCGCCGAGCUGACGAGCUAGGUUAUGCUGGCGACCAUUCACCAUUCGUGUUGAUCCAUUCGCUCUGCUUAGCUGAUCCGUAGACCAGUCUUAGUCGAUACCGUCUCCCCCGAGACCAAGGCUAACUCUAGCUGGAAACUUCCGUAGUCAGAUGCUAGCGUAGCAUGGCUGAGCAGGAGUACGAUGGAUUUGUUGUGUCCGGUGUCCACUUCGACAGCCUUUGCCAUCAAUGAGCAGCCAGAAAUAAGGGCUUACAAACUUGGCAAGCAGAAGUGCUCCUAUAACCAGAUAGAGCUGGUAUUCCUCAAUGAGGAUCCCCGCUCUUCAAAGGCUGAGCUUGCCCUAGCCGAGGCUAUCGAGGUUCCAGUUGGAAGCGAAGUGGAUGGCUUUCUGCACGAGAGUACUCUGAAGUACAAUCUGCGAUUUCAGGAUGAUAGAAGGAUGCGACUUUACGUGUUCCUGGUGUUCGCAAACCAUCACGGAGCGACGUUCAAAACCCAGGCUGAGUACCACUGGGUGCCUGUCGUACGCCAUCAGUGCACUAAGGGCUGCAACGGUCCCAUCUUGAAAGGGUUGCAAAGGUUUGGGAGACUGUCACGGCGUAGCGUGGUGGCUUCUCCCGAUGACCCUGACGUGUGGAAGGAACCCAGGCAUCUGUACAUCGCCAUUGACGAAGCCAGUACCCACAUACGACCCAGCUGUAACACGUCGAAAUUUAGGCUUCUGUUUGCGUUCUACUCAGAGUCUCAGCAGUUUCUCGGAAGCUCCAUUUCUAGCUCCAUCAAGGUCGUCGCCAAUAAUGAUGCGCCACAGGGAGCAGCAAAUCUGCAGGUCAACUGCUUUUUGCAGGGCCUGGGUGCAUUUGACGUCAGAGCAUCAGGACGAGAUCGCCCACCUUUCAAAGCUCUCCUACCAAAAUCCCCUGGGUUCCACCACAACAUCCCUGACACGAGGCCCGGCACAUCCGAGAUUCCGAUAUGUUCUCCAUUACCUGGUGCACAGGCGUCCCUGCCAUUGACCCCAGGUUCAGGCAUAACGCCAGUAAGUUUUCAACAUCGUCGAGGCAGAGCCAAUCUUCCACCAUUCAGCCCAGUACCUUUUCCGUCUGCAGCCAUCACUGGCACUCCGCAGCAAUACAGGCCAGAGGCUGGUUUGUGGGAGGCUAGCUCAGCAACUUUCACUCCCAAUGACGCAGCUCGUUUGCACGAGUACUCUCAGCCUGCGGACGUGGAGAAACGCUGCGCUGAUGGCAAUAACGAAGAAGACAAUGUCAGGAAGGAGCACACGCUGGGUGAAUUGGCCCAUAAGGUCGUUGAAGCUUGUUUGUUGAAAGAGGGCGCCAAGCUGAAGCUUGAGGAGUUGGAGAAUCUAUUGGGGAUACGGAGGAGAAGGUUGACUGACGUCUUCAACGUCUUGGAAUGUGUCAACAUUGUGAAGAAGCAAGCCAAGCAUGAAUACAUGUGGCUUGGUUCCGAAGGCAUUGAUGACUUGCUUGCAAGAUUGAAGAACAACGCAAAUGCUGGUGCAGAGGGAAGUCGCAGUUCGUUGAAGAGCAAUAACUCGCACUUGGAUAUGUCAUCACCAAGAACUGCAAACCCAGGCACUCUCAAUGAUAAUCCGGCCAAGGGUGCUGAUGCGAGACGAGGACUGAACCUGAAGACACUUGGGGAAAGAUUUGUUCAGCGAUUUCUUGAUGACACGUCUGCAACAUUCUCCUUGGAGGACGCAACUCUAGUGUUGAUUGACCCAACGGAUGAUCCAGCUCACAUCCAGAGGCUGCACGAUGUGGUGGACAUACUGUUUUCUAUUCAUUUGAUUGAAAAGGUGCAAUCUCCUCCUGCCACUGAACAAGUACCAUCCACCGCUCCCAAGUCAAUUUACCGCUGGAUUGGAGCUUGCGGCCUUCAGAAAUUUGAGGAAAUCCUCAGACAUCAGGCAAAAGAUCAAGGUCUCCAGCCCACAUCUGCACUUCCAGGAUCUGCGAAGGCUGGAAUAACCCCUGCGAAGAGAGACCGCGAGCUGCCUUCAAUCACAUGGCGAGUCGUGCAAACUCCACUUCGCAUGCCUUCAGCUGAGGUCCAGGAGGUAUUCACAGCAAGAUCAGGCAUCUCUAUCUCAACUCCUGGAGCCUUGCAACAAACGCAACAGUUCCAUCAGCAAUCACCGAUUACAUCCAGCAUUCAACCUGAGCAUCGGCUGCAGCAGGGGCAACAUGCAUCACACCAACACACUCCAUCACAGACGCCUGUUAAGCUGCUGGGGGUUGGGAAGAACGUCCUGGAGCCAUCAGGCCAUAAGCGUUGCGCUCCGAAGAUGCAACAAGCCUUGCGACCACUGCUUACCAUGCAGUCCGAUCGUGAACCAUUAACCCCUGCUGAGCCUCUGGUGAGAAACACCGGCGGAACCAUCAAGCUCCGGAUUACAGAAGGCGUUGCUGUGCCUGAUGAGGCUGGUCGAAGAUUGCUGGCUGGCGAAGAUGGCAGAGCCGCAGUCCCUCCAAGUUCUCUCCCGUCCAUUGCUGGCAGGCGCAACGAGUCCUCUGGGAAGCUAGUUUCUUUGGCCUCUUUCCUUAACAACUCAGCCGGGGAGCCAAGCCCAGCAGGUGCACAGGAGGCGAGAGAAACACGCCCAAACUCAUCAUCACUACCAGAAGCAGCUCCGAGCCCCAGCGAGAGGAGAACAGGAGGGAGUUCCCCAAGCAAGAGGAUGAGACUGUCCUUUAAGCAGUAUGCAGGGACUAGCCAGCCAGUACCUCCUGCCGCUGCAGCUCAGUCUGCUGCUGCACAAGCUUCUGAGCUGGGCCUAGAUCUGUUGAGGCCAGUUGCUCGAAGGCCAAGUGAGCCAGAUGUCAGCACGCAAGGGGCUGUUCCUACCUUUGGCGCAAACUGUGGGCAUGGGCAAUCAUUGCCCAUUCCACUUGGACUGGGUACCCCUCCGGACACAGGCCCGGCCAUGGCAGCUGCUGCUGCCGCCGCAGCUGCAGCAGCAGCAAGUGCAGGAGUGGGUUCUUUCCCACGUUCGUCUAUAUCGGGAAUGCUCCAAGCGCCCCGCGGACCACCUUCUGCAGCUUUUCCUUUCUUCCUGCCUGGACCGCUUCAAGGAGCCUCACUGCCAGUCCCUUCGCCUGGAGGUACUCCCGGGGGGGCGCCUAUCCCAACAGGGCUGAUGCCAGUUGGAACUUCUCCAUCAGUUGACCCUCUGUUGUGGCUUCCCCACCUCUUCAGCCCUGCACAACUUGCCGUGAUGCAGUUUCAGAACCCAGGCUUCAUGAACUAUUACCUGGAAUAUUCCAGGACGCUCUUCUCACUAUACCAGCCAGGCGCUGCCAACGCAGCUUCACCAACAUUUCCACCAUCUCCCGUUCCAGUAUCAGUACCCCCACCAUCAGUCCCACCCCCACUGUCAGCCGCUCUCCGUCACUCAUACCUCCACCCCACGUCAACAUCUAUUGCUCCUGGCCCGCCUCCAACCACUCUCCCCAUGCAUACAGGAGCUCCCACGGGCUACCCAUUUUUCCCUCCACCCACUUUACCAAGCACUGCAGCCACAGCACCUGUGGAGGCUGAAGCCCAGGCAUCUGCUCCAUCAACACCAAACCUUGUCCCCUCGGGAAGCCCUUUGAAGCCCAGUCAACUGCAGCUCUCGCUGUCUCAUGACCCUCACCGGUCUAGAGAUCCCACUGCUCUUCAAGUAGCAGCAGCAGAGGCUAUGCAACCACUUCCUGAUCGGACACAUACACACUUGGAGCUGGGCUUGGCCAUUCGUGCAGGAACCUCUCCACCCAAGGACGCAGAUGCCGCUGUUAAUGACCAAAGUGAAGCAGCAAGGUGCAGUCAGCUAGCUUCAGCACUUGGAGGGACGGAACAUGAUGCUGUUAGAAGUUCCCCAGACACUCAAGCUGCUCCUCCUGGGGGCAGGGCUUGUGAUGCAGGGGCAGAGGAAGGGACCACGUUGUCCAACAUCAUCACACACAAGCUACUAUAGAGUUCCAGGAUUAGGUGUUAUAGAGCUAGGUGUUUCAGCUAGGUAACUAGGCCAGGAUUAGGAGUAGGACGACUACAUCAAUCUGACUUGACCCUGUUUUUUCAUGAAUGCGUUAGUUAUUCAAGUCAA